UCUCUCUCUCUCUCUCUCUCUCUCUCUGCUGUGCUGGUGAUGCCGGGUGGCAGUAAAAGUGGGGGUGUUGGCGGCCCCUCUUCCUCACCCCCCUCCUCUCCUUCCCGUCCGCUGCACCCCAGUCGCUAUAUCCCCGUCUCUGCCGCCACCAUCUUCCUUGUGGGUUCCACCACGUUGUUUUUCUGCUUCACGUGCCCCUGGCUGUCAGACAGGUUCUCCAUCGGUAUUCCCAUCUACAACGGAGUCGUCUUCCUUUUUGUCCUUGCCAACUUUUGCAUGGCCACAUUCAUGGACCCAGGAGUGUUUCCCAGAGCGGAGGAAGAUGAGGAUAAGGAGGAUGAUUUCCGUGCCCCGCUUUAUAAGACGGUGGAGAUCCGAGGCAUCCAGGUGCGGAUGAAGUGGUGCUCGACCUGCCGCUUCUACAGACCCCCCCGCUGCUCCCACUGCUCUGUCUGCGACAACUGUGUGGAGGACUUUGACCAUCACUGCCCGUGGGUGAAUAACUGCAUCGGCAGGAGGAAUUACCGUUACUUCUUUCUGUUCCUGCUGUCGCUGACUGUGCACAUAACGGCUGUGUUUGGCUUUGGCCUGCUCUUCAUCCUGAACCACACCCAGCAGCUGGAGCAAGAGCACUCUGCCGUCACUAUGGCUGUGAUGUGUGUGGCCGGUCUCUUCUUCAUUCCAGUAGCAGGACUCACCAGCUUCCACAUUGUGCUGGUGGCUCGUGGCAGGACCACCAAUGAACAGGUGACAGGGAAGUUCAGAGGGGGGGUGAACCCCUUCACUCACGGCUGCUGGAGGAAUGUCUCUCAUGUGCUGUGCAGCUCUCAGGCACCUAGGUACCUGGGCCGCACCAGGAAGCCCCAGGUGGUGGUGGUUCAGCCUCCUUUCCUCAGGCCUCAGCUCUCAGACGCCAAAGUCCUGGACAAUGGCAUCCAGGCAGACCGCUAUGGCUCGCCAUCUAAGAGCAGCCUGGACAUGAUGGAGAGCCAGUCUGCCGACACAGAGCUCCCUCCUCCACCCAAACCAGAGCUGCGAUACUCGGGCCUGCCCCGGGGGCAGAUAUCCAUGGGGCACACCGAGGAGAGUUCCCUGCUGAAUGAAACCCUGCCCACCCCAUCCAUGUACAAGUACAGACCUGCCCACAGCAGCCCGGGAAAAAAUCACUCCGCCCACACACACACUAACAAGAUGAGUCGGGGAGACAGUCUGAAGGAGACUCAUUCUAUCCUGCAGUCCAGUCAAAAGCCUAGCUACCGCUCUGAGCCAAGUCUGGAGGGGUGCCAGCAGGGGGAGAGGGAGAGGCGUGGGGCAGGGGGUCCUAGCUCUGCCCUCUCGGGUUACUCCCUGGGGGGUCGGUCCUACCCCUCCUUCACUGACCCCCUGAUGGGUGGGACCUCACGCUCCUCCAGCAUGCGCUCCACCCAUACGGCCCACAACACACUGGGCACGCUCCUCUCCGAGGGCACGACCUCCACCAGCUAUAAGAGCCUGGCCAAUCAGACACCUCGAAACGGCAGCCUCUCCUACGACAGCCUGCUGACCCCCUCAGAGAGCCCGGAGUUUGAAUCUGCGGCACCCGAGCUGUCCCCUCCCCAUACCCACACCCACCCCCAGGUGCUGGGGUACAGUUCGCCCUACCUGUCCGCCCAGAUUGCCCACCAGCAUGACCCAGAGUUGCACCAGGCCUCGUCUGCCCUCCUCUCUUCCCCCCCCCGGUCUUUCCUGCGCCCCUCCAGCCCCCCACCACCCCCCCCGGAGAAAGAGCACGUGCUGCAGGACCCCCAAACCGCCCCACAGCCCCCUUCCCACUGCAGACCGCCCCGGCACACCCACACUGCACUCUUGACUGAACCACAACCCUGUCCCCCCCAUCAACACCGCACCCACUCCCUGGGCUCCCCUGACGCCCUGCUCCAAUCCCCCCCCCCCCACAAUCCACCCAGUGCGCCCCACCUCCCUCUGGGGAAGUCCCGGUCCUACAGCGAGGGGCCGCCCUCUGGGCGGGGUAGGAAAUAUUCGGCCGCUGGUGGCAGCAGUGGGAUCCUGGCUCCAAAGACUGAGAUUCAGAUGAAGCCAUACAGCCGGACAAAUGGGCAGCUCAAAUUUGUCCAACCCUCUCAACCCUCUCUCCCUCCUCCUUCCAAGCCAGUAAGCUGCUCCGUUCACCCAGGCCUGGCUAAUCACAGUUUUUCCCAGCUGAGCCCCACCUAUAAACAGGGGGGUGGAGUGAAGAAGGUGACGGGCGUCGGGGGAACCACCUAUGAGAUCUCUGUCUGAGUGACAGGUAGCUGUUUGCACCAAUGAGCAAGUGGGGAUUUUUUGCAAGGAUGUGAGAGAAAGGAGAAACCUUCUAUGCUACUGUAAUCUCCAAGUGACAGUUUGUAUGAUGGACAAGCCCACAGGUUGGAACAACGCCUCAUACCUUUGCACUUUCAUUCAUAUAAACACAUUUUUGGGCCCAGGUAUUGCUCAACCAGCCGACAUCAGAGAAACUUUGUGGGUAUGGCAGAUGGGUCUAGAAGACCAUGUAUUCAGAAAUUAUUUUAUGACAAAUAUACAGUAUAUAAUUGAUUCUUGCAAAGAAAUGUAAUCUUUACAGGAGUGUGCAAGGUAAGGGACUUCUAACUCCUUCCAAGCUGCCAUGACAGCAAACCACAAAUCGCUAUUCUCUAUUAGAGAUGCACAAGCAUGUCAGGGAGACUUUGGAUUGGCAGAGACACAGUAAAGCAUUCUUGGAUAGAGAGAUGGUGGUUUGGUUGGUAAUUUGGUUGUAACCAAUUGAGAAAGCAACCUGCAGUGGAUGACUUGGAUUUUUACAGAGAUUUGCUUCCAGGGGGGAAAUAACUUAAUUUUUUUACCCAUUUUAUUUUUUGAAAUAUUAUUUUAUAGGAAUAUAUAUAUAACUGUUUUCACACAGGUAUAAGAGUUUGGAACCAUCAUAAAUAUCUAGAUUGGAUACUCGUUUGUUGGCUGCAUCAGCCAAUCAGAGACUGGGCUGGAAUUCUAAGCCAAUGAGAAGGCUAGUUUGGCCAUGCCUUCUCUUGAAGGAUGACAGGAAUAAUGUAAGCCAGAAAAUAUAAAUAUUAAAUGCAGCAUUAUUUAAAAUCCCAUACAUUUGUGGAAGACUGCAUAAUGCAGAUGUAUUCAUUGUUAAGGAAUAUGCAAGUUUUUGUAGCUUUAAAUCACUGUUUUUUAAUGUUUGCAAUGUUUUAUUCAAAAAGCCAGAAGCCAUUUUCUUGUUUUUGGCAACGACCGCUGGCCAAUAGGAGGAAAUAGCCAGUACUAAGUGGGUUAGGCUGGGCAGAGAGAAUCAUAGCCCUCCAUACUGAUUGGAUAAUGUCUGCAGCCAGUCAGACAAGAACCAUCCAGACUUGUGGCUUAAUUGAGAGAAAUGAGAGGAUACGUUUCAAAUUGUUACAAAUUUGUCAACUGACUGACUACACAAAAUGCAGACUAGGAUAUUUUGUGUGUGGCAGAAAUACUUAAGUCUAGGAUUUAUGCAAAGCCUCUGAAUUUGACUGGAAGAGGAGGAGGUGAUAUCGGCAUUUCAAAUAGACCAACUGGUGAUGCUAGUACCCUUGGAAUUUGUCUACCAUGGUUAGUGCACAAGAACAAAUGAAUGGUUAUGAUCAAGCUGGGGUGUAACACAAAAACCUUUUUUUCUUAGUUCCAUACUAAUGUGUACAUUUCUCAUCCUGUCCUAUGUGCUGUAAAUUGGGGGUAUUCAUUUCCAGAUUCUUGGGCCAAUGGGUCAUUCUACCUCAACUCAGCCAACUUGUACAUGUCUCAUCUCAAAGUUCCUAAAAUGUUGUUGUGUUGGUAUGCAUCAAGGAGGAAUUAAAAUACAGUAAAUUUGAGCUCCAUUGGACAAACAGUUUUUAGUUAAGCUCUUUGAAAACUGGGCCUCUGCCACCCCAAAAUGGCCCGAUUGCAUGAUUCUAGUUUUCAAAAGGCCCUAUCUCUAGUUUGGAUAAAUUCUAAAUUCCUUGAACUUUGGUAUACUUGUGGUAUUUUGGGUGCAGAUUACAAAUGUCAAGUGUCAGAAACCUUUUUGCGCUUCAAACCUUGGUGGGUAUCUCCAAAAUAGAUUUCCUGGCUGAAAUUUUCAUUUCAUUUUCAUUCUCUUUCCACUGGACAUAUUUCGAUGGACAUAUUUCCCUUCCUUUAAGCAGCCACAUAUCAAACAAAACAAUUGCUUUAUAGUAGAGCUACAAAAAUUGACCAAAUUCGAAUAUUGUUUUCUAAUUCAGGGUGUCACCCAGUUUGGAUCAGUCUCAUUUUUGAACCUGAUAAACUUUAAUAUAUGGCAAUGAUUGUGAUAAAAUAGGCUGUGAUUUUAUUUUGUCUUUAGAUUCUAUGGCAGUUUGAAAUACUGUACCUCAAGACAUCCUACUAUUUGUAUGGCCUUACUGAAACAUACUGGAACAUACUGUACCAAUGCCGAUACUAUCCCUUUUACAUUAUAGCACAAUGUAACUUAUUAUAAAGGGUUUCGUGUUUCAUUUUGCGGUUUGCCUCUGUGGUAGUAAUUUCACCAGUAAUAAGGUUCCGACAGUAGGGGCAGUCGCAUUGCAUUUCGGCCUGUAACAGGCAGCGAAGUCAUUCGUAACAAGAUUGCCCUUAAUCCAUACUGGUUUAGGGUUUGCUUUUCACACAACUGACACCAUGUGGCAAGUGCGAGGGUAUAGGGUAUAUCUUCCACCGCAGCACUUAACCUUGUUAGCACUGGCAUCUCUUAUAUAACAUUUAAAGAUUUAAAUUGAUCCUAUAGUGGGACUUUUGCUGUUUAUGGAUGAUGCGACAGAAAUGUUCGGUGCAAUUUACUAAUCAAUCAAAUGCUUUUGUUUUAUUGUUCUACUGACCAAGUAGCCUAUUGUUAAAAAGCAAAUUAUAUGGGUUAUCGUUAUAGGCUUAUGCUAGCUACAUCAUACUAACCUAAUAUGGGGACCAGUAAAGGCCAACAACACACCAGCACUUACUUCUUGUAGGUUUUGUCACCAUUGCUGUGAAGUAAAACAGUUGAUAAACUAUGUGAUAAACUGUGAGAAACGUAUUAUUGAGUUCACGUGCACACACAGCAGUCUACAUUCUAAAGGUCCAUUUUGCCCUCCCUACAUGAAGUUAACAAACUUUAUAAUGUAUUGCUUGUAACUUUACAUCCUGAUCCGCCUUGUUAAGUAAACAUCAACAGCUAAUGUUGGCUAGCUAACAUAUUUAUUUACUGAACAUUAAGUUAAUGUUCAUACUGAUGAGCUAAUAUUAACAACAUCCACGUUUCUAUAACACUACUAGUUCUGAAUACAUUGUAGGCUACUUCAGGCUUUAUAUUGCAGUCUGGGCCAGCUUCACCCUGCACCACAUAUUUACAAUUUAAUAUGACUUUAGGAAAGAGGGUUGGCUAACUCAUAACAGCUCUCUUGUGGCAGGUAGUGAAGUUUAAAGCUGAUACAGAGAGCUUUUUUAAAAUAUGAAGCGGCUUGGCUGCAUCGAGAUGGCAAAGUCAGUCUUUGAAUUAUACAGUACUGUGCAAAAGUCUUAGGCACCUGUAUAACAUUCUGUACAGAUAAGAUUCUUUCAAAAAUAAAUGAACAUACUAUACACUUUACAUUACAUUUUAGUAAUUUGGCAGAAUAGUUAAAAACUUAAUCAAAUCAAUAUUUUUUGUGACCACCCUUCUCUGAGAUAUAGAAUUGCAUUGGCUAAGACGAUCAGCAGGGAGGUUGUUCCAAGCAUGUUGGAGAACUUGCCACUGUUCUUCUGCAGACUUUGGUUGGCUCUUUGCUUCUGAUCUCAGACAGACUUGAUUAAGUUUUUGUGUAAAAAGUAGUAAAUUGCUUACAAUAAUGUUACUUCUUUAAAUACAAAAAUGUCUGUAAAAUUAAAUCUUUUGGAAAAUGAAUAUUUGGAAAUCUCAAAUGUGUUCUUUUAUACUAACACACACAAAAAAAUAUACAUAUAUAUAAUAACAUCCAGGGUGCCUAAGACUUCUGCACAGUACUGUAUGCAAGCUCAUCUGCAUGUUGCCGUAAGCGCUGGGUAGAUUUUUGUGAUUGAAAGGAAUUGUGAAUGCAUUCGGUGAACCUUAAAAAUAUGAAAAUACUGUACAUGAGCAAGCAUGUUGAGCUUUUUGGUUCAUAUUCACUGAAAUAUGGAUGAAGUGGAUGGAUAUUCUACCUCAGAGAUUUUCCUUCUGCGGUUAUGGUAACCUCUCUAGAAACUUGAUUUCCCCUCUUCUGUCGUUUUGUUUACAACUGAAUAGCGGGUCAGACACAUUCCCACUUCGACUAUCAACACCUUUUGUUUUAAAAAUCCUGUGGAAUCCAUACCACAAAGAAUUGAAUCUGUUUUGAGAUCUAUACCUAGUAUUAGCUCAAAGCGCGUUUGCCAGUCUUGCAUUCAAAAGCAAGGGCAGUGACAUACAAUCUGGCAUCUGUUUUUUUUAGCUAACAUAUACAUUCAAGUUGCUUCAUUCAUAAUUCCUUUCUACCAAAACUACUAUUUAGCACAUAUACACUGCAAUAUGUGAGUAAGCUUGUGUAUAAUACUUUGCUAUCUCUAUAGGCUACAGCCAAGCUAGACCUAGCCCGUACUGCAAUGUAUUUUGAACUAGCAUUAUAGAGACGUGGAUGUUCUUAACUUUAGCUCAUCAGUACAAAUAUUAACUUAACAUUAAAGUAAACAAGUGUUGCUAUAGAACUAGCUGACUUUAGCUGUCUCUGCUGUAAAAUCCAGCUAUGACCAACUUGAGAUACCAGCUACCCAUCUGUUAUAAAACGUAGCUUGAGCUGGUCAAACCAUGUUGAGUGUCGAACUGGUCUAAUUGGUCAACUAGCUAACCGAUAUUUCAAAACGUAGUUUAAGCUGUUUUUUUUUUUCAGCAGGGGUUGAUAUUCGCUUGCAAAAAAUAUGUGGCUGAUAACAGGUGGGGGCAUGUUUAAACACAGCGCUAGUUGCAUUCCAGCAAGGCUCACAGUUUUUGGUUGCUCAUGACAUGUGUCGAAUAUACAUACUUAUAACCCACAAGACAGUGAUUUAAAUGACGCAUAUUUAGAGUCUGUGAUGGUCACAUAUCAUCAGUUAUUCUAAAAAUACUUUGGUGAUAAAACCUUACUUUCAUGGUGCUAAAACAGAGAUUUGUUAACUCUUGAUGAAGUAUUUAAAUCGUCCAGCCAUUCACCCAUCAUUAUUGUGCAAAUGCAACUAUGCAAAAUUCCCAUGUUUCAGCAUGCCCUGUGUUUUAUGCCCUGAUCUCCCCUAAAUCAACGUAUACUUAUCAAUAAAAUAAAUUCGUAACCAA